UUGUAGAUGGUGAAAUGAACUACUGACGUUGUAGCCUACUUGUGGAAUUGGGCAAUCGGACAUUGGAACUAUUUACAGAGUGGGUAAUUGGAAUAAGCAAUUUUUAUUUAAAAAAUUUGGCAUGGCACAAUGACGAAAUACAAACGUGUGCAGUUCCGAAAAAUAAUAUAAAAAUAUCACUUUGACGUUACAUAUCUAAUCAUUACUACCAACAUAUCACUUUUAACAAAAAAUGCACUAGAUUGCAUCAAGUGCCUUGUCCAAACUGAUUAACAAGCUCUUGCGGACGGAAGACCCCCUUUUCGGUGAUAAUCCCAGCGAUGAGUGAGGCCGGAGUCACGUCAAAAGCGGGAUUCCAGCACGAAAUCCCUAAAAAAAACCUUUAUCACUAGAAAAAAAAAAAGACAGUUGGCAACCUUUGGCGGCAAUCCUGUGCUCCCCCACAUGUGUCAUUUCAUGAUCGGGCCGUUCCUCGAUAACAAUAUGGUCCCCACUCACGAUUUUCAUAUCAAUUGACGUAAACGGGGCUGCGACGUAGAAGGGCACACCGUGGAAUUUGGCCAAAACGGCGAUUUGGUUAGGUCAGCUAUUUCUAUUAAUAAAAACAAUGGUCUAGUCACGUUUCGCACCAGAGCCUGCUGCGACUAUGGCCCUCCUCGGCGCCCAAUUGGUCAUAACCCUCGUUAUGAUCAGUGUGAUCCAGAAAUUGGGCCCACAUUUCUCCUUCGCGAGGUGGCUUUUGUGCUCCACGGGUCUGGUCCGCUACUUGUACCCCACUGACGCCGAGCUGAGACACCUGGCGAGCAUCCCGAGGGGUAAGAAGGGCCCCAAGCAGAGCAAUGGCAAAGCUGAGACUUUUCAUGUGCCGAGGAGUCUCGACGUGUCUUUGGAGACAGCCAAAGUGACAAGACUGGAUGUUAUCCAUUUGAGAUAUUACUCAGAGUAUCAAUGGCUGCUUGAUUUUACUGUCUAUGCUGUUAUUGUUUAUGUUGUGACGGAGGUGUACCAGACGUGGUUUCCGCUCAAGGAUGAGGUCAAUUUGAGCAUGAUGUGGUGUGGGUUGGUGCUCCUGUUCUCAAUAAAACUCCUCUUAUCUCUCACAGUUCAGUAUUUCAAAGGCGAAGAAUCAGUCGGUGAACGCUCGACAUGCAUUGUCAUGGGAUUCACCUAUUUAUUAAUCUCAAUGAUGGUCUUAAUCGUCGACGAAAAUACUCUCGAAUUGGGUUUGGAAGACGCUUAUAACAGUUUUAAUAAAAGUGCGUCGGUUUUUUUGAGCAAACAAGGCUUAAAUUCGUCAGGUCCAGCGUCCAAAAUCGUGCUGAAAUUUUUCAUAGCGUUGUGGUGCGGCAUUCUGGGGGCUUUGUUCACCUUUCCGGGGUUGAGGAUAGCGAAAAUGCACUGGGAUUUACUCAAAUAUUUCAGAGAGAGGAAACUGAUUCAAAUCAUGUUAAAUGUCAGUUUUGCUCUACCGUUUGUUUUGGUGAUUUUUUGGAUAAAACCGGUGGCUAGGACUUAUAUCACUGUUCGAAUUUUUUCAGGAAUGACCCAACCUCUAUUAACAACACACGCAUUUGAGACACUCCGUAUUGUGGCCAUAGUUUUAACAGUUUUCGUCAAGUUGGUACUAAUGCCGUGGUAUUUACAAGCCUACUUAGACAUGGCAUACAAUCGGACCCAAGAACAAAAGAAGGAGGCGGGCCGAAUCACAAAUAUUGAAUUUCAAAAAAAAAUCGCUGCCGUUUUUUACUACUUGUGUGUGGUAACCCUGCAAUAUAUCACUCCCAUAAUCAUGUGCCUGAUUCUCUCCUUCAUGUACAAAACUCUAGGGGAAUUUAGUUGGGGUGCUUUGUUCAAGGAACCAGUUAAUGAAUGCCCCGUGGUAAACCCCCCAAAAACGAUAGACCCGUUCGAGACAAGUUCACGUGACUCGAUCGCCCAAUCAGCGGCCGAGUUUCAUGCAACUUUCGAAAAUCUGAAAUCGGUGUUUUCCGCUGAAGUUUUUCGGGGAAUUUUCGGAUUUUCCACUUGGUGGUGUUGUUUUGUCUAUUUUGCAACCACGUCGGUGGGGCUUGUCUACCAGACGUACUUUUCAACGAUCUGAUUGGUUGGUGAAUAAAAGGUGGGGCUAAAA